GGUACACUGGCAGGGUCCCAGAAACACCGGCUUCUUGAAGGAGCCAUAGAGAAACGGUAUCCAGGCUAGUUCCCAUCGUAGUCAACUGUCUCCCUCAUAGCAACGGUUAUACUCACCGUUAGGACAAGAAAGGGUAGAGUACUUGAGAAGAUCAUCAAUUUCACAGGUCCCAUAUACUCCACUGGAAAUUGAUUAAACUUCGACGGCGGUUUGUCUUAUUGGUGCGACGUUUCGACGUUCGAUAUUCUUCCGAAAUAGAUCAGGCGCUCCUGGCUCUGGUCCUAGGCUGGCGUCCUUGGUCUCCGGAUAAUUUCACCCAUGAUCUGGUGUUACAGAAAAGAGGACGUGCCAACGCUGUGGGGUUCUUUAAUCUAUUCAGCAACGCCAUGGCGAGACGCUUUCUUCGUUGAAGAAGUAUAAAAGGGCCAUGCUGAUCGCCCGUCUCUCAGUUGCUCUGCAAGCCCAGUUCCAUCAUCAUUCUUUCAUUCCGCCUUUGAUCGAGCAGGCUCUUUACCCUCAUUGGCAUACCUUUGAUAACUUGUUUCUUUCACUUCUAUCCUCACUUUUCUCUCACCAUGAGCUUCUCCAAGAUUGCCUCUCUCACCGGCUUGCUUGCCUCGGCCUCGCUCGUUGCCGGGCACGGCUACGUCUCCGGUAUCGUUGCCGACGGCAAAUACUACGGCGGAUAUCUCGUCGACAAGUACGCCUACGGAGAUAACCCGCCCGACACCGUCGGCUGGUCGAGCACGGCCACCGACCUGGGCUUCGUGGACGGCACCCAGUACGACAGCGAGGACAUCAUCUGCCACGAGGAGGCCAAGCCCGGCGCCCUGACGGCUCCCGUGACCGCCGGCUCCAAGGUCGACAUUCAGUGGACGGAGUGGCCCGAGAGCCACCACGGCCCCCUGAUCACGUACCUGGCGGACUGCGGCGCAGACUGCUCAACGGUCGACAAGACGACCCUCAAGUUCUUCAAGAUCGACGCCAAGGGCGUCACUGACCCGGAGGCCGCGAACCCCGGCGUCUGGGCCUCGGACGACAUGAUUGCCAACAACGGCACCUGGACCGUGACGAUCCCGGCCGCCAUUGCGGACGGCAACUACGUGCUCCGCAACGAGAUCAUCGGCCUCCACUCCGCCGGCCAGGUCGACGGCGCGCAGAACUACCCCCAGUGCGUCAACAUCAAGGUCACUGGCGGCGGUGACGCCAAGCCCGAGGGAACCGCGGGCCCUGCCCUGUACAAGGACACCGACCCCGGCAUCCACUUCGAUCUGUACCAGGGUGACCUGACCAAGUACCCGAUGCCCGGACCGGAGCUGUUCGAGGCUUAAGCGAGACUUGACUUGAGUUGGUUGAUGAUAUUGUCUAUAGUGGUGCUGUUGUGUCAUGUAUAUAUUGAUUUAGGAGUUGUUUGCAGUCAUGUGGAGUGGAUCUUCCAUACUUACCUUCAUCUUCGUAUCUGUGUUUAUACAUGGAUC